AUGUCAAAUACAAGUGGAGAUAAUAUUUCAGAUGGCAUCAAAGUUUCUGACAAGGUUUUGAAUCUUCAAAAAGAUGCAAGGUCUCUUUUCACCGUAGCCAAUCCUGAUGCCGUCAAUUUGGGGCAAGGUUUUCCAGAUGAUCCACCAUCAGAUCAAAUAAAAGAAAUCGUAGCAAGAGCAAUCGCUGUGCCUGAGUGUAAUCAAUACGCUCCUCCUAAAGGUCGAUUGCACACUCGUCAGGCAUUGGCAAAUGCUUUUAGUCCUUUGUUUAAUAGGACCUUGGACCCUGAAACGGAAAUUAUUGUAACCGCUGGUGCUAAUGAAGGUCUUACCGACCUUUUCGCUGCGUUCAUAGACCAUGGAGAUCAAGCUAUUUUGAUUGAGCCUUUCUAUGAUCAAUACGUUAACAUGUCAUCGCGUGAAUGGAAAAUAGAUAUCAAUGAACUUCGUUCUAAAAUUACACCAAAAACCAAACUUAUUGUUUUUAAUAAUCCACAUAAUCCAACUGGAAAAGUUUUCUCUAGGGAAGAAAUGAUGGAGAUUGGAGCAGUAGCACAGGAAUUUAAUUUACUUAUCAUUAGUGAUGAAGUGUAUGAACGUUAUUAUUAUGCACCAGAUGUUUUCGAACGCAUUGCUACUCUUCCUGGAAUGUGGGAGCGUACAAUCACUGUUGGUGAUUGUGGUAAGACUUUUGGAACAACCGGUUGGUGUGUUGGAUGGUUAAUCGGACAUAAAGAUUUGAUUAAAGCUUCACUAUCCGCACAUACUAGAAUUGUGUUUUGCGUGAAUUCUCCUCUUCAGGAAGCAAUAGCCAUUCUAUUUGAAGAAAUUAAUCAGAAAGAAUAUUUCGAUCGCCAAAUUUCUGCUUAUACAUCAAAACGUGAAAAUUUAAUGUCUACAUUAUCAUCCAUUGGAAUACCAUAUACAAUUCCCCAAGGAAGUUAUUUCGUACUAGCCAACACUUCAAAGAUUCAAAUACCUCAAGAUUAUGAGUUUCCCAAAGAUUUUAUUAACGCUCCAAAAGAUUUUAGAGUUUGUUAUUGGCUGGCUAAAGAAAUUGGCAUUAUAGCAACACCACCAAGUGAAUUUUAUUCGCCAGAACAUAAACAUAUUGUGGAAGAUUUUAUAAGGUUUGCAUUUUGUAAAUCUAAUGAAACUUUGGACCUUGCCGCUGAAGUUUUCAACAAGUUGAAGCCAUAUGUUAAGAAGUGUUAA